AGUUUCUAAAAGCGUAAUGCGAAUACGGAGUGAACGAAGACUCCAACGAAUUUGAAAAACAUAGGACAUGCUUUACUUUCAGAAUAGUAACAAUCCUUAAUAUGUUAUUUCGGACAGGGUGUGGACUAUGGGUCCAUGGCACAGAGCCAAGAAUUCCUGGCGUACAUCAAGCACACUGCUGAACUGCAGCGCGUUAAACUGGAAGGAAUGACACGGGAGGAGACUCUUGCUUUUUUUAUUAAUAUUUACAAUGCUCUGGUUAUCCAUGCUAAUGUGGUGAGAGGACCUCCGGUUAACCUCUGGCAGAGAUAUAAGUUUUUCAACACCAUAUCCUACACCAUCGGAGGUUACUCGUUUGCUCUCAACGAGAUCGAAAAUGGUGUCCUUCGCUCAAACCGUAAAGCCAUUGGUGCUGUGACAAAGCCAUUCUCAAAGAGUGAUCCAAGAUUAAAAGUUGCCUUGCCGGCGCCAGAGCCCAAGAUUCACUUUGCUCUCGUGUGCGGAGCGAAAAGUUGUCCACCGAUAAAGACCUAUACAUCGGCGGGAAUUGACGAGGAGUUGUCCCUCGCUGCUGAGGCAUUCUUGGAAGGGGAAGACGGCUGCGUGCUUAAUAUGCCAAAAAGAGAGAUUCGACUGAGCAAGAUUUUCCAGUGGUACAAGGAAGAUUUUGGCUCAGACAACGAAGAGCUUGUUCAAUUUGUCCUGGCUCAUAUGGGACAAGGACAGAAGAAAAAUCAGCUGGAAGAGCUCUUGAUCAGCGGCAAUUUUAAAGUCGUCUUCAUGAAGUAUAACUGGGAUUUGAACUCCAAACAUUGACACACAAACAGGACAAACAGGGAUGCAGAAAAAGAGCUUACCCGGCUUCGGGUAAUUCUUAGUGUGUACUGGCUAGAAAAGCCAGCUAAGCUUGUUAAUAAGCUGAUUAUUUUUUUUUUUUUCCUUGGCUACAUGUCUGGCAGGUAGAUAUUUGAGAAUUUCUGUAAAUAACAACUGACCAUCUUAACCAUCGUUGUUGCUUUUUGGUUUAUUGUUACCAAGAAAUUACUCUUAGAUAGGGUUUACAUGUACAGUAAGCCAAUCUUACUCACGUGAUCAGCCUAGGAAACUGUUAUACUGAGACGUCACUCGAUGUAAACGUAAAUUUGUACAUCUCAGAUAAACUGAUAAAGGCUUGAUGUUCUUUUUGAAACGUCCAGUGAAAAAAAUAGUCUGGAAAGUGUUAUUAUUCAUGUAAUAAUGCUAAAUGGUAAGCGCUGUAUGAAAUAAUGAUUGCACUCUCUAUUUAAUCGCCCAGCUGCUACAAUAUAAGACAUGGGACAUGUUUGUAUUUAUCGUACAUUUAUUUCAUGUCCACUAAUCUUAUUUCAAUUGAUGUACCACUUAUUUAAUAUGCCAAUUAAAACGAAUUUUUAAAAAUCAAA